AUGGGCCUCAAGGAUCGUUUCAGGGCUCGCGAGGAGCCUGUUGAGGGGGGCGAAGCAACUGGCGCCGAGGUACUCCCCUCGGACGCUCGCACUACUGAGCGCGAGCUGCGCAACUUCCGCAAGCAGCACACAUGGGACCCUUUUCUCGACGUCGAGAAGCUGGACAAUAUCGACGAUGCCCUGGCCUCCGGCAACGCCGAAAAGGAGGCUGCAAUCGACGAAUCGUUGAUUCAGGAAGAUUCUCCCUAUGCCGAAGUUCGCUCCUCGAUACCGCCGGUUGACAUCGACGUACCUUGCAACACCAUCCGUUCGUGGACCAUUGGUGCCUUGUUGUGCACCCUAGUCGCGGGAUGCAACAUCCUCCUCAGUCUCCGCAGGAGUCCCAUCUCCAUCACGUCCACCGUUGUGCAGCUGAUUGCCUACCCCCUAGGAUGUGGCUGGGCCAAGUUCAUGCCCGAUGCCACCUUCAGGGUCUUUGGUCACACUCUUGAACUAAACCCGGGACCAUUCAACGUCAAAGAGCACACCAUCAUCACCAUGAUGACGGCAGCCGGCUCGAGUGUCAGCUACUCGAUUGACAUUCUCCUCGCGCAGGAAGUCUUCUACAAGCAGUUCUUCAAGUGGGGCUUCCAGAUCCUGCUCAUGCUUUCCACCCAGGCCAUGGGUUUUGGCGUUGCAGGCAUCGCCCGCCGCUUCCUCAUCUGGCCCUCGUCCAUGGUGUGGCCAGCAACGCUCAUUACGUGCACAGUCAUGUACUCGCUACAUGACCACCGUCCCUCGGAUCCGUCAGCUACCAACGGCUGGGGCAUUGGCAGAUACAAGUUCUUCCUCUUUGUGGCUCUAGCCACGUGGUGCUGGGAAUGGUUUCCUCUACAAAUAGCUCCAUUCCUGUCAUUGUUCAUGUGGCCUACUUGGAUUGCCCCGAACAAUGUUGUCGUCAACCAGAUCUUCGGUGGCAAUACGGGUCUAGGUCUCAUGCCCAUAUCCUUCGACUGGGGCACAGUCACGGGUUUCCUCGGCUCCCCUUUGCAAACCCCGGGCUUCGCCAUCUACAACGUCGCUGCCGGCAUCAUGUUCACCACCAUUUGCGCAAUAGGCCUUGCUUGGGGGGGUCCUGAGUACUACCGCUACCUCCCGCUCAGUGCGAACCAGAACUUCGACCGGUUUGCCAACCCUUAUAAUACCUCCCGCAUCCUCACACCAGAGUUCACGGUCAACGAAACCGCAUAUAAGGCAUACUCGCCAAUUUUACUCGGCCCAACCUUCUCCCUCUCUUAUGCCCUAUCUUUCGCUACAUUGAUCUCCACGGUCAUGCACGUCGCCCUCUUCUACGGCCCUGAUAUUUGGAAGCGCGCUAGAAGUUCCAAGUACGAGGAGCCCGACAUCCAUAUGAAACUCAUGAAGAAGUAUAAAGAGGUCCCCGAAUGGUGGUUCUCUUUGAUCUUUGUCGUGAGCUUUGCUUUUGGCAUGAUCGCAUGCCAGGUUUGGAAGACGUUUCUCCCCUGGUGGGCGUAUAUCCUUUGCAUCCUCAUUGGCCUUGUCUUAUUCAUCCCCAUUGGCAUGGUUCAAGCAAUCACCAACCAACAGACCGGCCUCAACGUUGUUACCGAGAUGAUUAUUGGGUAUAUCAUGCCUGGACGCCCGGUUGCCAUGAUGCUCUUCAAGUCAUGGGGCUAUAUGCUAUCAGCCAACGGCCUCAACUACAUCUCCGACAUGAAGGUUGGUCACUACAUGAAGAUACCCCCUCGGAGCAUGUUUGCCGCGCAGGCUUUUGCAGUCAUCUGGCUGUCCAUGGUCCAGAUUUCUAGCUACAAUUUCGUGCGCGGUAACUUCGAAAACAUCUGCACCCCACACCAAAAACAGGGCCUCACCUGCCCCGGUGCGAAGACCUUUUACAACGCCAGUGUGAUCUGGGGUGUCAUUGGUCCUAGAAAGGUCUUCGGACCCGGCGCCAUUUAUGGUUGGACAAACUGGUUCUGGUUACUCGGCGCCGCAGUGCCGACGGUUCAGUACUUGCUUGCCCGCCGUUAUCCCCGCUCGUGGCUCCGGUAUCUUGUCACUCCGGCGAUGUUUGGUGCUGCCGGAAUGAUGCCGCCCGCUACUCUCUACUAUCUCCUUCAGUGGGUCAUUGUUGGGCUCAUCUUCAACGGCUUCAUCCGCAGGCGAUUCUUUGGCUGGUGGUCACGCUACAACUAUGUGUUGUCCGGAGCUCUGGACAUUGGGACAGCUCUCUGUGUCGUGAUUAGUGGCAUGGCCCUCGGCCUGUCCGAAACGAGUUUUCCGGCGUGGUGGGGAAUUACGGUUGUAGACAAUACCUUGGAUGCGCAGGGCGCGGCUGUCACGAGGCAGUUCAUCCCCAACGUGACUGAGCCGCUUGGACCCUCCACUUGGUAGUAAGGC